GUUUCAACCCGGCGCCGUUAUUGGUUACACUGUCCUUCAGCACAAGGCUACCGGCGUCUCGAUGCAGAGAAGGCUUGUGCAUGAUUUAAGAAAAUGGGCACCAUACUUAAAAGCUGAUUCCUUCUAAAUCAACGGGUGUUAUCCUGACAUUCAUCUACUGUACGUAAGAAAGAGAAGACGUCAUCCAUCAGGAUGUUUAAAGUCUUAACAUUCUGAACAAAUGAUCCUCACCAUGCUGUCAAGAUGUGUUGUUCCAUGCAACUCUCUAAAGUGGAAGUGUUGCUGGAAAUGUAAUAUCGACGCCAAUUAUUGGUCUUCUAGUCCAGUGUGCUUUUUUGAAAAGGUCGUCCAGAGGAAAACUCAUACAUGGACGAGAGCACCAUCAUCAAAGAUAUACAAGAAGCUGGUGUUUGCUCGAGCUCCAGGAUUUGAAAACCGGACAGCCGUGAUAGACAGUAGUGGCAGCCACAGCUACAAGCAGCUGUAUGCUAACAGCUUGAACCUCGCUGGGAGGAUCAACGCAGCACUACGCUCUGACUUCGGACGGCUGAACGGUAAACCAAUCUCUUUCCUGUGUGCUAAUGAUGCCUCUUAUACGGUGGCCCAGUGGGCGACUUGGAUGAGUGGUGGGACAGCCGUUCCGCUGUACAAAAAACACCCACUAUCAGAACUGGAGUACAUUAUUACAGACUCGCAGAGUGCCCUGCUGGUGGCGGGCCACCCCUAUGCUGAAACGUUGGAGCCCCUGGCACAGAGACUGGGUCUACCUUGCCUGACACUUCCUCCUACUUCUGAACUCAGCACUUUACACAAGAGUGACCUCCAAGACAUGGAGAAUGCCAGUAAGGACUGGGCUGAGAGGCCCGCCAUGAUUAUUUACACUAGUGGUACUACAGGGAAGCCCAAGGGUGUUCUUCAUACACACAGCAGCAUCCAAGCUAUGGUGGAGUGUCUGGUGUCUGAGUGGGCGUGGUCCCAAGAUGACAUCAUUCUCCACGCGCUUCCACUCCACCAUGUCCACGGCAUUGUAAAUAAGCUGCUGUGCCCCCUUUGGGUCGGUGCCACUUGCGUCAUGCUGCCCGAAUUCCAUCCUCAAAAGGUAUGGGAGAUGCUGCUGAGCUCCAAAGCUCCACUGGUUAAUGUUUUCAUGGCUGUGCCAACUAUCUACACCAAACUGAUCGACUAUUACGAUCAGCACUUUACUCAGCCCCAUGUCAAGGACUUUGUCAAAGCAGUGUGCAAAGAGAGGAUAAGACUGAUGGUUUCUGGGUCCGCUGCUCUGCCACUGCCCACUCUUCAGCGCUGGGAAGAGAUCACGGGGCACACCCUACUGGAACGCUACGGCAUGACUGAGAUUGGCAUGGCGCUGUCCAACCCUCUAAAGGGCCCUCGCAUCCCAGGAGCUGUUGGGUUGCCACUGCCAGGUGUGGAAGUCCGAAUUGUCAUGAAUAACUCAACCAACACCACAAUUGUUGAGGGAAACAUCAGAGAAAGUCAGGUUAGGGCAGGUCUCGAUGGGAAGGAAGGGGAGCUGCUGGUCCGAGGUCCGUCUGUCUUUAAGGGGUACUGGAACAAACCUCAAGAGACCGCAGAGUCUUUUACAGACGACGGCUGGUUUAAAACGGGUGAUACAGCAGUAUUUAAAGACGGGGCAUAUUGGAUCAUGGGCCGCACCAAUGUUGACAUCAUCAAGAGUGGGGGCUACAAGAUAAGUGCCCUCGAAGUCGAGCGGCAACUGCUGGCCCAUCCCGACAUCAUAGACAUCGCUGUGAUCGGAGCGCCGGAUGAGACGUGGGGACAAAAGGUCACCGCAGUGGUUCAGCUGAAGGAGGGUCAGCGUUUGACCUUGCCGGAGUUGAAGACGUGGGCGAGGGAGUGCAUGGCACCCUACACCAUCCCCACUAGCCUGCUUCUAGUGGACGAGAUACCAAGAAACCAAAUGGGGAAGCACGAGAACAUGGCGUCCUCUCAUGGGGUAUGUUGUCUUCAAAAAGAGCACUCAGCCUCCUCCAUCAUCAUCACGACUCCUAACAGAUUGUAGCGGGAGCGACUUGACUGAGAUGCCUUUUUGAGUGAGCUCUGGUGUGCCCAAGGCAGCAAAGGAAAGACACUGAAGAGUUUUGAAACAGCGGGAGCAAUCAGAAAGAGAGGGGGAUGAAAGACUAUCCAGUCAAAAUAAAACACAACUAAUGAAGAGUCAGAAAAUUCCAAGAUGGAAAGACACACAAGUGCAGCCAUCACUUGGAACAAGCUCCUGUCUGUAUACACACACACACACACACAUACUGGUCUGGCCUCAGCCACUAGAGACCUGAUUAAGAGAGCAGCGCUAUCGAUCUGUGGGCUGGCAGGCUAGGAUGGAUGAGCAAACAGGAGCACCAGAGGACGGCGUCCGUGCCCCCAAAUCCCACCCCGCUGCACCACCCAACCACCCACGCUGCAUCUGGAAGUGAGGCAGGGCCACAGGCAGCAAGGCAUCGGCUUUCACGCUUAGGAGGAGGCCGCCAGCAGCAGGGGGUCCAACCCAGUGUACAGAGUGCAGUAAUAAGUGCAUUAUCGCCGUGUGUGUAUGUGUGUGUAGUGGGAAGGGAGGCGUUGGUAUGGUCAGGACCCGUUAUGGUGUUCACAUGUAGGAGGGGAGCCUGUUUAUUCCCUCGACUGAAGGUUGAUCGAGUACCUGUGCCCUUGAACUAUAGUCCACUUCCCUCUCUCUCUCUCGCUCUUUCUCUCUCUCCCUCUCUCUCUCUCUCUCUCACUCUCUCUCACACACACACACCUCUGCCUGUGUUUGCUGGUGCAUGGUGGAAGAUGUUGUCUGCAGAUGGCUGCUUAUUGGACCCCAGGGUCCAAGAGGAUGGCUUAUGGGGGACACUGGUGAGCUUGUUUAUGUGUGACACACAGAGUUCGGUCACACGCGGGUGAUGUUAUACAUAAAUAGCUCACAUUGGGAUGUUUUGGUGCUCCUCUGCCAAUGUUCUGUUUUUUUUAUAGCAGUGUACCUGUGUGCUGAUUUUAUGAUGAACACAGUAGGCCUGAAAAGAAAACCUGCUGGUUUCACAGAUGCAGCAAAAAUGGAAACAGCAUUACAUUUACAAAUACUAUUUCGCUGUUCAUGGUGUUUAAAUGGCACUUCAUUGGAUCCCUGAGUGGACUCAUUUGUGAGGCCGUUUUUCCAAAAUUCAUAUCAGAUGAGACAGAAGUACUGACACAGACACAGGCACACAACAGUUCACGUUAUCCUCUAAAUAUGCUUCAGCUAAUUUGUAUUUAGAUAAUAGAUAAAGCGCGAUGUUAUGUUCCUCUCAGAUUCAUCCAGUGACACGUUAUUGAGCAGACUUUAAUGUCUUGAACACGAUAUUAAUUUUUUUUUUUUUUUUGCUUGCCUUGAGCCCAUUAUUUAUUUUUACUUUUUAACAUUUUAUUCAUUGGUGACACAGUGGACAGCUUGUUAGCAAGACAGCCUCACAGUUCAAAGAUCGCGCGUUCCUAUCCGGGCUCAACCCUUCCUGUGAAGAGUUUGUGACUCCAGUUUCUUCCCACAUGGCAAAAAAAAUGCAAAGUAGGUUCAUUGUAGACUCUUAAUUGUUCUUAGAUGUGAAUGUAAGUAUGAAUGCGUGUUUGUCUGCAUGUCCCCUACGACUGGCCAGCAUCCAUCCCAGGCUCCAGUGACCCUGUGAGGAUAAAUAGAAUCGAUAAUAGAUAAUGGAGAUGAAGGAACCUGAACUCAGUAAAUUAGCUCCAUGG